AUUAAUUUAAAGAUUUUCUAAUAUCAAAACAGCAUUCUUAUUUUGUAUCAUGUUGAUACCUUAUAUAAGCAUUAUCCAUCAUGUAUAAAUCACCAUUCAUCGGAGAGGGUGUUUAGGUCACAGGGCAUUUACGCCAUUUUUUAUAAUGUCAAGGGCUUAACUGUCUUACACUUUCUCUUUAUACAGCGAGUGCUCUUUGGCGGCAAAAGGAAGAAGCAAUGUCCAAGUCUUGCAAGGGCCUCGCCAUGGAGUUGGUUAAAUGCCUCAGUGAAUCUAAUUGUGUUAAGGUCGAGAAUCGCUCGUAUCGGGAAUGUGCAGGAGAAAAGGAACCCUCAAUACCAAGUGAGUGUGUGGGGCUAAGGGAGACAUACUUCAAUUGCAAGAGAGGCCAGGUUGACAUGCGAGCUCGGAUAAGAGGAAACAAGGGAUAUUAGGCAGAGACUUCUACACAUUCAACAUUGAACCUUUUCUUUCAGUUUCUGGUUUUCUCAUCUGAGUUGCCCAUAGACAAGCCCUCAGAAACCAUUACAAAUGUCUAGUUUUACUCAUAAAAAAGGGGAAAAAAAAUUUCAGUUGUCUUUAGUGCUGUAUAGGUGGAGGCCAUGUGCAGAUAUUGAAGAGCUCCUGCAGUUCUAUGAGAGGUUUUAGGUUUCUUGGUUCUACCAGUUUUGAGUUCUAAUCGAGAGGUCUGGAUCCAUCGGUUGGGUAAAUGUAUUUAAUAUGAGCAAUUUCCAAGUGUUCGCAAUGGUACUGGCCCAUAAAUUCUUGCCGAAUUUGAAUUUAUGUAUUAUGGACACACGUGUUUAUGAUUCUUUACUCAAUCGACACAAAGAACAUGGUGCCUGUGUUCGAAUC